AUGUUUGAUUAUUAUUCACAGUUCUGGGGUGUUCCUUUUUAUCAUUCUGACAAUUUCCAUUUGAUUGAUUGCAGCCCGAAAGAAAUCAAGUUCAGCGAUGAUUCUAUAUAUGUUGAUGAAUACAAGUUCUAUAAAAACUACACUGUCUUAAUUGAUAACAAUUUGCCUUGGAGAACAAACAUUGUUUUAAGUGAACAAGCCCCAGGAAAUCUUAAAUUGGUAAACAAAAAUCCAAAUUCUGUUAUAACAAUAGAAUCAUUAAAUUCCAAUCUAACUAAUUCAUUGGUUAUUGAGCCAGGUUGUCCUAUUGCUUUUUCAAAUGUUGUUGGAGAAAUAUCAAUCAAGUUUAAGAUUACAAGUCCAUCUCAAUUUAUUAUUCCUGAAAAAUUUAAUGUCAAAUUCAAAUCAAUUGAAAUAUUGAAUGAAUUGGAUAUUUUAACAGGAAACGAGAUAGAAGUUGAUGAUCUUAAAGUAAGUAAUACAGAAAUAGUGCCAUCUGGAUCUAUUUCGACACAAUCUGUUUUGUUUGACUCACAAAAUUACAAUGAAGUUGGUUGUUUCAAAGCAAAUGUAGUUAAUACAACGGAAGAUUCAUUUUUCAGAGCGGAUUUGAUGGGAACUGAUGAUGUUCAUAUCUAUAUUCCUAUCAAGUCAACGAGUAUUCCUUAUAUGCAGUUCACUUCAAAUAAUCAGAAAGGACAUAUUUAUUUCGUUAUUGAUGAUAAUGAUAAUUAUAUUCCUCAUAAUUUAACUGAAGAAUUCAAAAUAUUGGUUUUAAAUAUUGAAAAUUCUUCAUGUAAAAACUGGAAGAUUCACGUUUCUCAGGCAAUUAAAUAUAUCACAGCAAGAUGUGAUAAUGAUUAUCCUGACAUGUACAUUUUCAUUGAAAGAGUACAGCCAGCAAAAAUUUGGAUUACUAUUGUUAUUGCUCUUUGUUCUGUUAUUGUAUUCAUUUCCCUUGUUUUCGCUUCUCUUUACAUUUACGCCAAGUUGAAGAGGAAGAUGGAAUUGAACUACUUGAAUAGGUUAUAUGAAGAAAAAUCUUUCGAAGCAAUCAACCAAUCAUUGCUUCCUGAAGCAGAAGAAUAUUAA